UGAAGUGUCGUUGUCAAAUUAAAUUUAGACUCAUGUACAUCAUCACUGUGCUUUUACUUUUUCAGAACUUCAAGUGAAUUAUGCGAAGCUACUCCACCAAACGAUGUUUAAGGUGUUCGAAAACCAGGGGAAAAAACUGGAACAAACUGAACUACAGUUAAAAACAACCAAGAAGGAUUUGGAAAGAGUCUCACAACAGCUGGAAACCAUCACAGAAAAGUUUGGUCUACAAAAUAAAAAAGACGUUGAUAUGAAAGAGUCACAAAUAGAAAAACACCUGCAACAAAUAACUAAGUUUGUUGAAGAGAAACAGAUUCAGCUUAAAGAGAAAGACACACAACUGGAAAAUGUGAGCAAACAGAUGAGUGAGAAAGAAAAACUACUGGAGGACACAAUCAAAGAGAUGAAAACCAGCAAACAACAGCUAGAGGUACUGACACAGGAGCAAAGCAAUCUUAAGGAAAAGCUGGAAAAGAAUGAACAGUUGAGAAUUUCAGAAUUGAGUGAAAAAUCCAAAUGUCUUGAAGAAACAAAAUCUCUUCUAGAAGAGAGAGAUGCAAAAAUUAAAGAUCUGGAGAAAGAAAAAGAGAGACUUGAUGGAGAACUUCAAGACAAGGACAAACGUCUCAAUGAAAUCAAUGUUAAACUGAUACAAACUGUGAGAGAUGUUGAAAAGAAACAGAAUCAGCUUCAGGGAAGACACGUGCAACUGGAGAAUAUGCACAAAAUGUUGAAUGAGAAAACGAACAAAGGGAGAGAGCAAGGAAAGUAAAAGUAUUUGAGCAAUUUCAGCGUUAUGGAUGUGACAUUUGCAGUAUAAACUCAAAACAUAAAUUCACAGAGAAAGUAUACAAUAACAUUAUAUUGAAACAACUGUUUAUAUUUUCUAAAAAAAAAAAAAAAACUAACCACAGAGUAAUGGUAUCAGAAAAAUAGCAAUCUGCAAAAAAAUUAUAUUUUGAAUUAGAAAAAUAAACAUGCAUUAUGGAUAUGACAAAAAAGUCUGCGAUUGUACGUAAUACAAUAUACUGUGUAAAUUCACAAGAAAUUCUGUGAAUUAAACUGCAUGACCCAAAAUAAACAAUGCUAAUCAAAAGCACAAGAGUUGCUCACUAUAGAACUAAAAUUAUUGAAUUAAUUGUAUUUGAUAUUUUUGCAUUUAUGAAGGAAAGCUUGGUUAUGGAUGUGACAGAUGUGAAAUUGCCACUUGUGUGACUUUGGUAAAUUAAAAUGUAAUAGUUUGAAACACUGACAGAUACAUUUUUAUUAUGAGUAUUUAUUAUUUUAUAUUAUGAGUAUUUUUACAAUAGUGUAAAAUGCUUGUUUACACAAAAAACGUAGAAACGGUUUCUCUAUUUUGGUGAAAACUUAUUGUUUUCAUGGCAUGGUUGAUAUUUGCAUGGAUUUGCUCAUACAUCUGAAAAAAAUAACAGCUGAUGUGUUAUCUUUAAAGAGUAAAUCAUUAAAGCAAUACAUUACUGGGGUAUUUCAUGCACAUGCAUAUUUAGAUUUAAAUAUCUUCAAAAUAUAUGCCAUAAAAUUAAUUAAAACAAACAAACAAAAAAUGCCUCAGUUCUAUUUAAUUUGAACAUGUCCCAUAAUAGGGCCAGACAGAAUCUGUGGACAUUUUUUGCUAUUUCGUAUAUUAGGUUUUUAGUUAAGACACAUCUAAAAUCAGUCUGCAUAAACCACUGAUUUUUUCCAAAAUCCUGCAGAUUUAUGCAGACUGGUUUUAGAAGUGUCUUAACUAAAAACCUAAUAUACGAAAUAAUAAAUAAUAAGUUGUAACUUUAAUGUUUACUAUUCAAACCUUAUUAGAUCCACUUAUUUGAAAGCAAGUCUCUGGUGUAAUAUAUCAACUAAAAGACAGAAAAUAUGACUUU